UUCAGCGAUUAUAUUGGCGGAUCUGUAGAUGGAGGAUGGGCUUGUUUAACUAAGCGAUUAAAUUUGAUUAAAUGUGAAGAUGUUGUUCACGAUAGUAUUCUCGAUUUAGAUUGUCUUAAGAAACGUUCAAAAAUAUUGGAAGAAUUAUGUGAUAGAGUGAUUGAAUUAAAUAAUUAAAAUUUAAAAAUAAAUUUUUUUGUAAAAAAACAAUUGUUCGAAUAACUUUUCUUAAUUAGAACAGAAAUAAACUGGGUAGAAUAAGAUUAAUUAGGGUAGAGUAGGAUUAGGUUUUUUUCAUUUUAAGCCUGUUUGUUCAUAUAUUACGUGAUCUCAAUUGGAAAUUUUUACUAUUUAAGCAAGCAAGGAUUUAUUCAUUAUCCAGCUUCUUGUACUUGCCAUACUUCUCCUGCUCAACCAUCAUGAUGUCUCAGAGUGCUACCACUUCGACCGCAGAAGAACUUCAACCUGAAGUCCAACAACAGCAAGCUUCUCCAGGUCACUUGUAUGCAGCGCAUAGUUCCUUGCCUAGUUCCUCCUCAACAGCUCCAGAAGAACUUCAACGAGACGUGCAACAACAGCAAGCUGCGCCUAGUUUGUAUGAACGAGUGGAGGAGUUGUCUUCUGUUGGAAGUAAUACGUUCAGUGGUACUUCUUCGAACCCGGCAGCGUUCUUUGCGUCGACUCAUCAGAUGCAACCUUCUGGUAGAAUUGACGUGCCUACCAGAAAUACCUCCAACUACACUGCCUCUGAUGCUGAUUUGUUCGGGGUGUCUCAACAUGUUCAACCUGACUGGCGCAUUCAUAGAGAAUUCACAUCCAAAACUGCCUUAGCUGAGUAUGUUCGCGAGCGUAUAGAACCAAAAUGGGUUCUGAAUCCUAGGCUUCGUUCAGUAAAAAGAAAGGUUGGAGACAUGGUCCAUAGGACUAGAUACCUUCUGUGUAUUCACCACCUCUCUUCAUGCCCAGCUGAUAUGAAAAUUGUGACUGAAGAAUCUCCCUGGAGUUUCUAUGCUGUCUCAUUGGUUGGCCGCCGACGACACUGCGGACAUCCAAUCGCAAACUUCCAGGACUUGGAGAACUACGUUGAUGGUGGAUAGACGAAAAUGAGAAGAAUAGUGAUGUUGCUUGGAAUAGAUAGUUUGUCCUAGGUUCUCCUAUUUUCUAUAUGCCCCUGAUUUUUUUGUAACUCAUGCUAUUCUGAUUUUUUUAUAACUCAUAUUGUAUUUCAUAUUUUUGUCUUUGGAGAUUCGCCUCCUCCAAGAAUUAUUGGCGUGUUUAUUUCUGUAUAAAUUUUUGUUUGGUUUAAUUUUUUG